UGAUGAUGAUGCCAUUCAAGCGUCAGGCCUUGGUGGAAUUCUCUGCAGUGGAGAGUGCAGACCGCUGUGUGUCCUGUGGAGCCAAGGAGCCAGUAUACAUCGCAGGUCAACAAGCAUACUUUAAUUAUUCCACAUCCAAAAGAAUCACCAGGCCUACAAAUGCUGACAACCCCAACAGUGGGAACAAAGUGCUUCUGCUGUCCAUACAGAACCCACUCUACCCUAUAACAACGGAUGUUCUGUACACUGUAUGUAACCCCAUUGGCAGUGUGCUGAGGAUCGUCAUCUUUAAACGAAAUGGAAUCCAAGCCAUGGUGGAAUUUGAGUCGGUUCAGUGUGCUCAGAAGGCGAAAGCAGCUCUGAAUGGAGCUGACAUCUAUGCAGGUUGCUGUACACUAAAGAUUGAAUAUGCAAGGCCAACACGUCUGAAUGUUAUUAAGAAUGACAACGAGAGCUGGGACUACACAAAACCAUACCUGGUCAGACGAGACCGUGGAAAGGGAAGACAGAGACAGGCCAUUUUAGGCGAACACCCAUCUUCCUACAGUGAUAAUGGUUAUGGUCCACCAUGUCCCCUGCUGCCACUGCCCGGCAACAGCAGGUACAAGCUCACUUCAUUGGACGUUCCAGACAUGGUGUCUUAUCCACUGCCGCAGUCAUCCUCGUCAUACUCUGGCCAUGCCCCCAGUUCUGUUGCCAUGGUAAGUGGCCUCCAUCCAUCCAAGAUGAACUGCACCCGCAUCUUCAACCUCUUCUGCCUCUACGGCAACAUUGAGAAGGUUAAGUUUAUGAAGAGUGUUCCUGGCACAGCGUUGGUUGAGAUGGGAGAUGAGUAUGCUGUGGACAGGGCCAUCACACACCUCAACAGCAUUAAGGUGUUUGGUAAAAGACUGAAUGUCUGGUAA